AUGCCGGGUAGCGUACAACAAGAUGCAAUGCGCGUCCACCUCAGCCACACUGAGCAAAUCUUGUACCCACAACCGUAUGCUCUAAGGGGUGUGUUACGCCUUUUACUUCCCGACCCUUCCGCCACCGCUCACUUUAUCUUUCCCUCAUCGCUCCACCGUCUUCCUUUUAUCUCUGCUCCAAAUUCCCUCCAAACUGUCGGUCAUUUUGCUCUUCUCGAUCCUUCCCACUGCUCACCUCCCAUUCACACUGUUCGUGGAGUAUGUUUAAUCCGACAACUGUUCAUCAUGUUAACCGAUUACCGCCUCAAAACCUUCUUCAUCUGCUUCUCACUCUAUUUGCUUCCGACUCUAUUUGCUUCCGACUCUGAUCGAUAUCGGCAUCGGCAGGAGUCGGUCGAUUCAUCCUUUAUUUUGCAUCCCCGGUUCCCGGUUGGAUUUCAACUCUCUCAUAGAUGCUUACACAAGAGCCAAGUUCCAGUAUGUUUUCCUCCAUCUGUUGUGCAUGCAUGCCUGUUGUUUCCUCAAAUCCAAAUAUGUUGGACAAAAGCAGACGACGUUGACAGCUGUGGAACCAAACCUGUUAUUUUUUCAUCAACCAUAGGAAUUGCCUCUGUGAUUCUUCAAGAACGAGGCGUUUGGAUUCUACGUUGUCGCACAUAGACACAGAAGUAAGCUACAAGAGCGACUCCAAAACUAGGGUUUUUUUUACACGUCUCUGAUCGGUUCCUUGAUUUCUAUCAGAUUGGAAAUAAAGAUGCUAUCGAGAAAGAUCAUGGUCGGACUCUGUGGCAUUUUGGCUAAAUAUGAAAUGAAUAGGAGAUAUCUUGGUAAUAUGGCUGAACUCAAACAACAUGUUCGUAAGAUUCUCAUGACAAAUAAGGUUAUAAUUCCAGCAAAGCUUUGAAGUUCCCUCACCUAGAAGUAAAUUAAUCAAAUGGCAAAUGUUAUAAUUCCGCGCAACUUUACAGAUUAGCAACAAUCUGGUAAGCGUAAGGAUGAUUUCACAAAAACUAGGAUCCUGUUGUUGGACUCGAUUUGGUCGUAUAUGAUACUGUGUUGAAUGUGUGUACUUUCUCCAGUCAGUGGAAGGGAGUUUCACGGGUGUUUGAGGAGUUGAGAAAAAGUGGUUUAAAACUCAUGGGAGCAACUUAUGGAAUUGCAAUGGAGUCAAUGAAGCGAAGAUUUUGUUAGCUGGGACAUCAUCAAAGCCGAAAAAGUACAACCCGGUGCAGCUACAUGUUGUGAGAUGUUUCAAUUCCACUUUUGACUAUUUUGCCCCUGUUGUGCUUUGGUGGAGUUUGACAUUUCUGAUGUUGCUACAUACAUUUGGUAAGUAUGCCAUGGGUUAGAUGAUGUUGGUAUGUGGUAAGGAAAUGCAAACCCUUAGCUUUUUUUUUAUUUCAAUAUUUUCAAUAAUCUUUGCUUUUUUUUUUUUCAAGAUUUUCAUAUUUGCUGCAUUUAAACACAUACAUUACACAUUUGUCAUUGACAUUAUUUCAAAUAGUAAAAAAAAUCAUUUUUCAAAGUGAUAAGAAAAAAAAAAAACUGCCGGUAUGAUUAAAAAAUAAACAACCCAACAAAAUUACAUUGUUGCAUAUUAUGUAUUUAUCAACACCAGUUUAGCCUGAUUCUAAUAACAUAUUUCAAUACAGUACAAAAAAAAAUAUAAUUUUCUUAUUUUAAUGCAAUUGUUUAUUACCGGUUGGUUGUCCAGCUCCCCUUUGAUUUUUUUUUUUCGUUUUUAUAUUGUGAGAAAUAGCAACGUACUUAACCUCUAUGCUUUAAUUUUUACCCAUAAUACCAACUUACUUAAAAUUUUCUAUUGGUUAUAGAAAAUUUUAACCUUUUGGUUUUUUCUUCGUUAUGUGGCAUGAGAUCAAAUGCUUGCAAAAGAUUGGAUGUGCAUUUCCUUCUUCAAGGAGGCUGAAGACACGUUAUUGUUGGAGAAUAUUGUAAUGGUCACUUCCAUUUAGCGUAUUCUCAUAUCUUUUCAUUAAAUAAAGUUCAUUGCUUGCAAUUGUUUAG